AACUUAUUAGCUUUAAAAAAAAACCAAGGAUUUUUCUUUGUGUCUUUUCUAAUUUCCCUUUCUCCUUUUUCUCAAUACGAACAUGAAUUCCUCUUAUCAAUUCUGUACAAAGAUUUGAUCAUUUUACCACCUGCAAAUCAACCGUGGUUCCCUUCUCCCCUUCCCUCUCUCUCAAAUGGCGUUGGCCCUUCUCAGAAAAACCUUCAAUUCGUUAAACCCUAAUGAUAGAAUCCUCCGAUCCCUAUCUUCCUACGCCGCUGUUGCCACAAACAACGCCGAAAAACCCGUAUCCGACAGCUCUUCUUCCUCCUUCACCUUCUCACCAGAUCAGAAUGACAAUACCAACACCACUAACAAGGGCAACGCCGCCGCCUCUGAUGAUAUAUACAUCAAAUCAAAAAAACCGCCGCCUUCGACGUCCGUGACGAUGCCGAUGUCGUUCAUGACCGGAUCGAUAGUCGGGAAGAGGUUCUAUAAGCAAGUAACGACUAGAGUUGCAGAAGAUGGAAACGGUUGGUCUGUGAUGCUUGAUUACAGAACACUUAAAACACCUUCUAAGAGGCCUCUGAAAUGCCCUACUCUCCCUCUUGCUAAAGCUAUCGCUGCUGAAUGGGAUUACCAGCUUACAGAUGGAAUCAGGCCAUUUACAAUGCCUCUAAUGAAACUUGCAUGUACUGCUUUGGAGAGAGUUCCCCUCACUAGAUCACAUAUUAUCAAUAAUUUAAUGACAAGGUUUCAUCAAGAUUUGGUGUUUUGCAGAGCCCCAGAUGAUAAUGAGUUGACAACUGGUGUCUAUGAACUACAAGUGAAGAAAUUGGAUCCUCUUCUUAAAUGGGUCGAAUCAGAAUUUGGGUUCAAACCCGUUGUAUAUUCAAGCUUUUUUGGGGGCAAACAAGAAGAUGGUCUUGUAAAUGCCAUAAAUACCCUUCUGAAGAAAACCAAUGAUAAUGAAUUGGCAGCCAUUGAUGCUCUUACUUCAGCAUCACACUCGUUAAUAAUCUCAAUUGCAAUUUUUCGUGGGAAGCUUCAGAUUGAUGAAGCAAUUGAAUUGAUCAGACUCGAAGAAGAUAUGCAGGUUGAAAAAUGGGGUUUGGUAGAAGGUGGUCAUGAUCUUGAUGUUGCAGACCUUAAGGUGCAAAUCGCAUCAGCUACUGUUUUCCUUGGACUUACUAAAAAAUUAUAAGUAGAAUUACAAUUUUGCCCUUCAGCUCCUCUCUUAUCAAUGUUGUUUAAAUAUUAUCAAGCAUUCCUUCAUAAAUGCUAAAAACCAAGCCAUCUCGAAUGAUAAAAUAAAACACAUAACAUUUUUGUUUUGAUUUUUCACUCAUCAUUUACAAUUACAUUUCAUUUUUACUAGAAAUUAAAAAUAAAUAAAUAAUAUUAAGCAAAUAGUUUUACAUUUGUUUGAGAACUACGAUGGCUCUAUGAUUCUGUGUUUGAUGUAUAUCUGCAUGUAACAUGAUGGGUUAGUUGAAAAUACGGAGAUUAUUGAAGGGCAAUUUAGUAAAUUGUGUCGAUACCAUGGUUGUAAGGUUUUAAUCCUCGCAGCAUUGAAUGCAAAUUGGUGGUUGUUUCUUGAUAUCGCAGUAGCAACAAGCUAUAUCACAGUUACUGCUGCAUCCU